UUGGGAGUGAUCAUGUUACCCCACUAUCUCUUAUUGUUGCUGGGGACGACGCUGGUUGCCUCAGUGACGAUAAAAGGUUCACCAAGACGCCCUUUACUCACGUCCAUAGAAGACCUAAUAUCAGCCUCCUCGUUGAUAUUCAUUGCCUACUGCAAGAACUUGAGGCCACAGGUUGAAGGUCACUCAGCCAUUAGCGUGCACCCUAUGCGGAGUCCAUGCGCUAAGAGCGACUCCAUACCGUCCAUCAUUGAUUUGGAAUUCUCGGCUGACGGCCAGAACGCGUUGGGGGAGGACGUAUGGGAGUUUGCGUUUAAGGGGAGUACCCAAUACAUCUUCUUCCUGGAGGAGACGAUGGAGAAGGAUGUCUUCCGGCCCCUCGGAGCCCAUGAGUCCAACAAAGAUGAAUACAAUAAAUUCUACCAUGAGUUUCGUAGAUAUUUCGAAGGAUGUUGGAAGGCAAGCAUUACCUUUAACAGUACAGCUACCUGGUACCGAGAACCACAAACUACCAACUACCAACUGGCUCCAGGAAUGACCUUUAGUCUUAACUGCUCCACACGCCACCCUGACGCAUUCUCCGACGACGCCUUCACCGGCUACCACCUGACGCUGUUCACCCCCGACGGUCACCGCAUCAACAAGGAGCCGGGAAGAAGCCUCGCCUGGACUGGGACUCUGGCAUCACCUGAACGAAACGCUUCAACAACGACUCCGAGAGGAGAGUACCAGUGUGUGGUGGCCUGGCCUGGAGAACAGCUACAUCUCGACGCCGUCAGCCUCAACAUAAGUCUAAUUGACUUAGAGAGGAGUCCAAGCCUGGUUUUACAGUCUCCGUUGAAAGUGACCCACAAUGCCACGAACAUUGACCCCGGUUCAGACAAGCCUCGUGUAGCGGAGUGGAUCAUGCACUAUUGGUCUUACCCUGAGCCCUAUUUUCUCUGGAUUCAUCCAAACGGUACGGUGUUGCUCAACGGGACUUGCUCUGAGAUAACACAGGACCCCGAGCAGUGUCAUGAGGGCGUUCUUACCCUCCAGAGGAAGUCACCCUUUUCCCUCGUAGACGGCGGCAACUACACCCUUAUCCUCCAGGCUGAAGGACACUCCAACUGCAGUGAACAUACUAUCCUGGAUGUCCUAGGCGCCCCUGUCCACACCACCGUUGCCAUAGAAACAACUACAAACUAUGUGUUGAUUGGUCAGGAAAUCAACAUCACCUGCCAGAGCUUGGGGAACCCCGUUCCUAAACUUGCCCUCUUUUCCUGCCUCAACUCCUCCGACUGCAGUUUCCCCGAGAAGGUUAAUGAGUUGCAGCCCAUGACCCAGGUGGAGGAGGAGGGUGAGAUACAGGUGGAGGGAGCCCGUGUUGUCAGGAGGUGGAAGGUGAGGGCUGAGGUGUCCUCCACAUACACCUGCCAGGCCGUCAACUCCCUGGGUAACGACACUUCCCCACAGGUGUUCCUACAAGUGACAGCAAUGGAGGCACCAACCUGGCUCUCUGACAUCCCCCUGAACAUUACUAUUGACCUACACAAGAGGGAGACACUAAGCCUGAGGUGUUCUGCCUCUGGGAUACCUGCACCUGUCUACCAGUGGAGUAAGGACGACGUGGUGUUGUCUGCUGCCGAGGACGAUAACUUGGUGGUGGACGAGGUGACGGGGGUGCUGCUGGUGGAGAAGGCGAUGAAGGAGGACUCAGGCCACUAUCAAUGUCUCGUAAGGAAUCCUGCUGGGACGCUCCUUGCCUGGUAUGAAGUGACUUACGUUCCUCCCACCCAUCAUUCGUCCCUCUGGGUAGCUCUGGGAGUGCUGGUGCCGCUUCUGUUCCUGGUUACCCUUACCUUUUUCACUCGAUACUUCUUUCACCUGCGUCGGUCCCGCCAGUUCACUCUGAGGGCCCGGAAGGCAUGGGAGAAGGGUAACGUGGCAUCCCUCAACAGUGACUUGUGUCUCCACCAGCAGGCAGACCUUCUCCCCUUCCGGUCCAAGUUUGAGUUCUCGAGGGACAACAUCACCAUCAACAAGCUGCUGGGAUGUGGAGCGUUCGGGCGUGUUUACAGAGCCGUGGCAGAGAACCUUGGCCCUGAGAAGGUCCCCACCACCGUAGCCGUCAAGAUGGUUAAAUCACGUAAGGAUAAGACUCAGCUUCACGCCCUUCAGUCUGAGUUGAAGAUCUUGAUGCAUAUUGGCCGUCACGUUAAUAUUGUGAAUCUUGUGGCUGCCUGUACUAAGGAUCUUCAUGACAAAGGUGAGCUGAUGAUCCUGGUGGAGUACUGCUGCUACGGGAACAUCCUCGACUACCUCAGGAGAAACCGCAACACCUUUGUUAAUCAGUUGAAUGACCUGGGAGACACCUUCCUACCUUGCCUGACUCACCGGACACCUGACGACUCCAGAAACUCCAGUAACGGAAUCGUGUAUAUCAGUGUAGAUAGAGUAGCAUUUCAGACUGCCACUGCCGCCGCUGCUACUACUGCCAACGCCGCCGAUGCUACCGCCACAGGAGGCAUUCACGGGGAGCACAUGUCACAGCAGCCGCUACUGACCCGCCAGAUGUCAGCCAAGGUCAUGACCCAGCGUUCAGAGGCCAAUACUGACCUCUCUGAUAUGACCUGCCUCACCCUAAUCAGUGAUACUCAUAACUUAGAGCGGCCGAGUAUACCGUGUGAGACAGACGGCCGCGAGAGUCCAUUGUGCUCCAGGGACCUCCUCUGCUGGGCCUUCCAGAUAGCUCGUGGCAUGGACUACCUCGCCUACAGGAAGGUGUUACAUGGGGAUCUAGCGGCUAGGAAUGUUCUCCUCACUCAGGGCAAUGUGGUCAAGAUCAGCGACUUCGGCCUGGCUAAGAACAUUGACAAGUACAACAACUACAAGAAAAACAAGAACUCACCGCUACCAGUCAAGUGGAUGUCGCUUGAGGCCUUGAAGGAAGGAAUGUUCUCUACCCAGAGUGACGUGUGGGCUUACGGCGUCGUCCUUUGGGAGAUAUUCAGCCUGGGUUGUAAUCCUUUCCCUACUGUAAUGAUGGAUGAGACAUUUAUCAAGAGCCUAGAGGAGGGCUACAGAAUGGAUCAGCCUAAGUUCUCCACACAUGCACUGUACCAAGUGAUGCUCGAAUGCUGGGGAACUAACCCUGACGAUAGGCCAUCCUUCUCUCAGCUGGAACAGAAACUAAACCAGAUGUUGACCCUGGGAGAUUUACAGUACUUCGAGGAGCUACAGCGGAAGUGUAUUGAAGAGGCCAAGGAGGGGGAGGGGGAAGAGGUCGUGUAUCUCAACAUGGUGUGUAGCCCCGAGUACAACAGCCUGGUUCAGAAGGUACAGCAAGACGAUCACUGCCUCCAGAAUGAUCCCUCUACAGCCACUUCUUCAGGAACCAGUGACAUACUUCCGGGGGCCAACAAGAGAUCUCCAGGUGCUAUCGAGACACUUGUAGAGACUAAGGAGAGAGAUCCCUGGGCUAAUAACGAACUUCUGGGUACAGAGUCUAAUCUUCUCCCGCCUCUAAAACCACAAGUUAUCACCUCUUCAAGUUCCACAGCCUCCACGAUUCCUCCCACAAACAUAUUUUCAAAUUCUGACACUGGCGUCUCGAUAGACUUAGCAGGUGGGCUCUUGAGAGUCUCUGUCGCCAGCUCAGCCACUCCUGCCUCUUGCUUCACUUCCUCCACGGUAUCCCCCAACAGCUGUUUGACUACAGUGUCUACCAUUCCCUGUAGUAUUUCUGACAACAGCAUCGUGACUACUUCUUCCCUCAACCCAACACGACAGAGUUACAGCAGUUACCCUGGUGUCUCUGCCAACCGCUCUACACAUACGUCUGGGAGUAGUUCUUCCAGCACGACCGUCAGAACAGUUUCCAGUUCCGGUACAUCUUCCAGGACAUUUUCCAGUACGACUUGGGAUACAUUGUCCAGUACGAUAUCCAAUACAACUUCCAACACCAUUUCCAGUGAGUCUUCCAGCCCAGCUCCCUUUAGCAGCCCCGCCAGAGAACUAGGCAUCUCACACAAUCCAUGA